AUGGAGUUUUUCCAGAAAGCUAAAGCCGUUAGGAUGCGUAACGUCCACGAGAAGUAUCUGACGGCCGACGAGGAUGAAGAGACGGUGACUCAAGACAGGAACGGUUCCGACAAGAGAACUCGGUGGACCGUCGAGCCGGUUCGUGGUUCCUUUGAAGUGAUCCGGUUAAAGAGUUGUUACGGAAGCUACCUGACUGCUUCGAACGAGCGGUUCUUGCUCGGCGCCACAGGGCGUAAAGUGGUUCUGUCGAAACCGAGUCGUAUGGACUCGUCCGUCGAGUGGGAGCCGGUGAAAGAAGGAUCGAAAAUGAAGCUCAAGACUAGAUACGGCAACUUGCUCCGAGCCAACGGUGGACUUCCUCCGUGGCGUAACUCCGUCACGCAUGACUCUCCUCACAUUUCCGACUCGUUCUUGUGGGAUGUUGACAUCGUGGAGAUCUUGGUCGAAACGGUGGCUCCGGCUCCAGCUCCAGCUCCGGUGGCAACUCCUCCGCCACAUAGGAGGAGGCCCGUGAGUUCUCCGAUUUCCAGAAGCUCUUCAGAAAGUUCCGAGGAAGAGUUGACUCAGUCGCCGCCGAAAUCUGAAGGGAGGAUCAUACAUUACCAUAUCGCAGACGAAGAAGGACACGUAGAGGAUGAGUCAGCGGUUGGAUACGCAUUGACUUUUAGAGGAAACAGCGUGGAACAAUUGACGCAGGCGCUGCGGGAAGAGACUAGCAUGGAUGAUGUUGUUGUGUGUACACGCAAUCCUUUAAACGGCAAGCUGUUUCCUCUUCGUUUGCAACUUCCGCCGAAUAGUGGAACAAUGCAUGUCGUUCUAGUACCCUCAAGUACUUCUUAA